AUGGUGCGUGAGAAAUGGCUACCAGAGUUCGACAAACGCCGUGAGUUCUGGCUGGGAUCUGAGAAUACCCACGCUAUCCAGGAAAAUCCGUUCAACCUCGACGAUGGGGACAUCAUCCGCAGUUUCAUGCGCAAUGGAGAAGUGCUUGGCACAUGCACCCCUGGGGCAAACCUGUUGGGACGCCUGUAUGGGAGAAUGUUCCUCGAGGACUUGAAUUCGACAGAAAUGGACAAAGAGAAGAACGCACUGCUCUACGAUUGCGCCUCUGAUGGUGAUGGGUACCGCCCAAGGAAGAACCCCGGGCCUCUGACGGCUCGUCAACUCUUUGAUCUCCUUUCCAAAGACCGGUUUCACGUUUGCAGGAGCGAUUCGAGCAUGAAGAUGGAUCCAGUAGAUACUCCGUCAUCAGUGACGAUGGCCAGGGAUCCUGACGCCUCCUCAAAUAUUGAGACAAAAGAGCCGGAUGCGGAACGACGGCGCAUCUACAUUGCAGACUUGGACCGCUGGUACGUACUCGCUCUAAUGGCGACUGCCUCGAUUCAUCAAGCUGGUCCACUGCAGAGAGCAUUGUACUGGCAUCAUGCCUCAGAAGGUUACAUUGGUCUAAACGUUGGUCGAGGGUUACCAGUAUUCGAGCUUGCUUUUCAUCUUCCGUUCCAAGCUUUUCGCCCACAGAAUGCAGGGCCACUACCUCCUGGAGCACGCGACGUUUCCUUCCUCGACUGGGACAGCGACGACUCGUCCGUCAUGUGCAGAGCAAUCUACUCCUGUACGGUCGCCGGGCCGGAUAAAUGGCGAUGGGUCGCCUAUUGCUUUGUGGACACUUACUUUGACGGAGAGAAUGACGGCAGAGAGUCAGCAGAGGAUCAUUUCAACGAUACAGAGGGACCAAUGGGUAUUUCGUCCUUAGAUCCAUGUGGCUAUGGGUUUACCAACGAGGAUAUUGGACCAGAUCCUCGUUGCUGGUUCCUGAAAGUGCUCGACUAUCGCCUGGCUAUGAUCAACGCAGAGUUCACAGAAGUUGUAUCACGAAUUGAGUCUAGCACGACUUGUUACCGUGAGAAACAUUAUCCCAGUUCCGACGCCAGCGAAGCUGAGCUGAAGCGCACUGAAAACUGGAUGCAUGAAAUCCAGCGACUGAUUCCUGAUGUGUCGUCCACGUUGUCCAAGACCCUACGAGCAUGUGAAGGCUUUCUUCACGGCGACAUCAAGGAGUUCAGCCCCGAAGUUUCAGAAACGCAGAGAAUAUCGCUGGGCAUGAUCAAGCAACAUACCGGCAGCUUACUUCGCCUCCAAGGAAAGCUGUGUGAGCUCAAAGAGACUUGUGCAACCUAUAAUACCGACCUCACUUUUCUCAUGGACCGUCAUCAAAGAGAUCUGGCACGCGAUAACAGAGCCGUUUCUCUUAUACUUAUGAUCUGUACACCCGUCCUUCUGACAUCGGGUAUCUUCUCUAUGGAAGAUGAGGUCCGAAAACGAACCUUUCCGAGCAUCGCAGCAUCAUCUGCCUCUUUCUUCAAGGUACUCAGCAUCUUCACUGCAGUCAUCACAUUGGCAGCAAUGCAGCAGAACCUUGUUCGGCUACCGAAGCAAUGGCGUUGGAACAACCUCCGAGAUGGACCGUGUCAUGUGCUUAAUGGUCUACUUAUACGAUGGCUCCGCAUGAUCCUUCAGCACGCACUACAGCAAAGCUUGACACGGAUGGCUCUACGAGGAGUAUGUGCAAUGAUUGCUUGCGUGAUCCAAAUGUACAAGGGCUUCCUCUCCUGGUUUAGAUUUCGAAGCAAUCCAGCUCUGCAGGAUGAUGCACAAGAUGCGCAGUUGGAACCGACUCAGAGAAUAGAACGAGGCCUGGGUUCCAGCUCAUAUCGGACUCAUGGUCCGAUCGGUGUAUAA